AUGGCUUCUUCUCGUGUAGCAUUGAUUCUUGCAAUUUCAAUGGUUUUGUUUUCCUCAGUUGCAUUGGCAACUGAUCAUAUUGUGGGUGGAGAUAAGGGAUGGACUGUUGAUCUCAAUUACACUCAAUGGGCAUCGGAGACGGUUUUUCGUGUUGGCGACAACCUUGUUUUCAACUAUGACCCUUCAAGACAUAAUGUUUUCAAGGUGAACGGAACACUCUUUCAAAGCUGCACUUUUCCAGCAGCAAACGAAGCACUUUCUACCGGAAAAGAUAUCAUUCAACUAAAAACAGAAGGAAGAAAGUGGUAUGUUUGUGGUAUAGCUGAUCAUUGUUCUACUCGCCAAAUGAAAUUUGCCAUCACUGUUCUACUGGAAGCUGCACCUGCUCCUUCUCCUCCGCCAUCUUCGAUGGCUCACUCUGUUGUCUCAUCUAUGUUUGGAGUCGUCAUGGCAACCAUGGUUGCAAUUGGAGUCAUCUUUGCAUGA